AUGCGAUGCGCGAGCAAGGCCGCCGAGAGCGCGUCCGCACGUCUCUGUGCAGACGCCGAAGCAGAAACAACAGCAACUGAUGUCUCAUCGGUUGCCAUAGCGUCUCAGUCUGUAUCACCUGGUGAUGCAGGCGCUCGUCAUGAAGACACUCAUGUCUUCACAGAGUAUGAGCUCGGUGUCUCAUACUCUCCUGAUACAGAAGACGGAUCUGUAUCGACGGCGAUUGAAUCUAAGCCACCUGCCAAGCGUGGCAUGGAUGAUGCUAUGCGUCGCAGCAUCUUUGGUUCAUCUGAUGAAUCAGAUGAACCAUCGCCGAAGCGAAGGCGCUCGAGAUCGCAAGACUCGGGCGCUCACAGUGGUGCCGGUUCUCCUAUUGACACCACUUCGCAACAAGGUGCCAGUACUUCUGUCGGCACGUUGCAAGAAGAGCGGGUCCGCAAUGUCUUGCGUCUCGAUCCUGAGAAGAAGGCAUGGAUGCCUCCAAAAUCUGUCAUGGAUCACUUGUCGGCGACGACGAGUGAUCGUUAUCGAACACGAUUGUUCGAUUCGUCAAGGAUCCAUCACCUUGACCCCAGCGCGAAAGACUAUCGCGCUGAACAUGAGUUCUUCAUCGAUGCUUUCUUCAGACAUCGAUGGUACAGUGGGAAUCACAAACGUGAUGGUCCCUCACUACUUCAGGCGUGGAACGCCUACAUCCAUAACCUCGAGGAUGUAGGUCGUGACGCUUGGAACGACAAACUUAUCAAAGCUCGUGAUAAGUUUGAAAAGCGAACCCCGACAGGUGCACGCUACAAGCUGCAUCGUCUGUCAAGGGAGAAAGGAUUACCCUGCCUCUCUUGGGGAGACUCGUGCCCAUGUUGUGUGAACAACUCUGCACGAGCACCUAAGGAGGCUUACCUCCUUACCAGCCCGUGA